CACUACACACUGACCGGGCUGUGUGAGAAGCUCAUUUGCAUCCACUCAAAGCUUCCCAAAGGAAAACACGCCUUCCACUGUUUCCACAUUAAUCGCCACUCUAACAGGGAAUAAACACGGCGCGCGGACCCUUCAGCUCGCGAUAUAAUAACACACAUCUUUAUCUGAGUCCUGUUAUCAGUGCUAAACCCGCCUGGCAGCGCUGCUCAGGAUGCUUUUCUCCAUAAAGCGAACAAAACGCGUGUCAUCAUCGGUCAGCGGCGGAAUUCAAUGAGCGCCGUCUAAUCGAAAAACAAGCAGCCGAGUGGAGGAGCUUCCAGAAGUGCACUACUACUGAAGGGUAAAGGUGGUCACCGGGGCCGGUGGUUGCUAUGGAGACUGUGCCCAGUUACAGCCCUUCGAUAUGGGUGCGGAUGUGCCAUGCCCUCCCGCGCUUCGACUUGACUAUGCAGAUGAGGGACAACAGCUUCACUCCGGACAGCUGGGAGUACCAACAGACUCUGCUGGUUCUGUCCAGCCUCUCGGCCAUUGCUCUCGUUCUGUCCCUGCUCGUCGUUCUCUCCUUCCUUAUCCACUACUGCUGCUGCCACCGUGGCGAUGGGGGCAGGGACGCCGAGGAAGAGGAGGAAGAUGACGACGCCAGCGGCGGCCAUGGUUACAGCGGCAAGAAGGGGCGGGGCAUCUGCUGCGUCACAUGGGUGUCGGUGGCUGCAGUGACACUGUGCUGUGUUGCCAUAGGCGUUGGUUUCUACGGCAACAGCGAGGCGAACGAUGGGAUGUAUCAGUUGACCUCGUCUCUGCUCACUGCCAAUUACACACUGGCUUCCAUCGAUCUGCUGAUUUGGGACACCGUGGCCGUCCUGCAGCGGUCAGUCUCUGGUCCUCUGACCUCUCUGGAGGACGUGUUUGGUGGGAAUAAACCGGCCCUGGUGUCGACGCGGUCCUGCAGGCGUCUCUCUGAGCGCGUGGCUUCCCUCCUCUCCUCCCUGUCUCUGGGUCGAGGGGUCCGGGCCGUUACUCCCGGACUGUCAGGGAUGAACGGGAGCGACAGUAUAGUGGGAUUAUUAACCCCCGUCCCCCCCUCUGUAGCCCCAACACUGACCCCAUCGUCCACAGCCAACAGCGUUCCUGCACCCUUCUCACCGGGGUGGGCUGCCAGCACACUCAUGGUCAAUGAGGACUACAGGUGGCUCUCGUAUGUGUUGCUACUGCUUCUGGAUCUGGUGGUGUGUCUCUUUAUUCUGCUGGGUUUGGCCAAACAGGCCCGAUGGCUGCUGAUCCUGAUGACGGUGUUGGCCUGGUUGGCUCUGUUUCUGAGUUGGGGGUCUCUCGGCCUGGAGACGGCCACAGUGGUGGCUCUCAGUGAUUUCUGCUUUGAUCCGAACAUAUUUGUUCUCAACUCUACUCAUUUCAACACCGGGACGAGUACAGAAAUCCUGGACUAUUAUCUGACCUGCAGUCGGAGAAUGACCAGCCCCUUCCAGCAGCUGCUGACCCAGUCUCAGAGAGCACUAUCCAGUAUCCACUCCCAUCUGUCCAGUCUGGAGCGGGACGCCCUCCCACGCUUCCCCAAAGCAGAGAAAUCUCUGAGGGAGGUGCAGCAGAUCCUAAAUGUCACAGAGGGAAACUUCCACCAGCUGGUGGCGCUGCUUAACUGUCGAGGACUCAAUAAGGACUAUAUAGACUCCCUGAAGGGCCUGUGUUUUGAUGGGAUGGAGGGAUUGCUCUAUCUCUCUCUCUACUCCUUUCUCUCCGCCCUGGCAUUCACUGCCAUCCUCUGCUCCCUCCCCGGAGCCUGGAGGAGCUUUUCCAGCGACUCGGAGGAGUACGAAGACUCGGACAGCGAGAGCGAGGACCCAUUCACUUCUCACCAGGCACGUAGACAGACGGCCAUGGGCUCACAGCGAGGGGCCUUGCCCCCCUUCUAUAGUUACCAGGGGGCCGGCUGGACUCCCCCCUUUUCUAGCGCACCACCGUUACCGACUCCAAACGCUUCCUCCAAUGGCAACCCUGGUUAUGAAAGCCUGCCUCUGAGUGACAGGCCGUCCCCACCCCCCUCUUACUCUCCCAGCAUGCUGACGGGCUACGGGGGUAAUCAAUCACACCCUAACCACGCCCACUCCAGGAACCUGUAUUCGCACUAAUUUUUAUGUACAGUAUUAAAAAAAAGAAGCAGAUGAAAUAUAACAGAUAUUUAGUUUUCAUAUGGAUACGGAUAUGGACGGACACUUUAGUGAAACCAGACGAGCGUAGAUGUUUGUGAGAGCAGAUGCGCCGAGCUCUAAAAGCACUUAGCCAGAACAGACUGGCGCUCUGAUUGACAGAUAUUAAAAUUAUAGUCUGAGAUGUAUAAGCCACCACUGCCCCCCAACCCCCCCCCCCAUCCCAACCCAUCUGUUUAGUGUCGUUGUGAACAUUUGCCGGAGGGCGGAUUUGGGAUGGUGUGGGCGUUUCUGUAGUAUUCUAUAUAUUUUUUAAAUGUUUUACCACUUUGUUUUGGAGUUUUUAUAAUAUCGUCGUCACGGAAACACUUAGAAACAAUGGCACAAAUUCUUUGUAUGAUUAUGCAGCUCGUCGGGCACUCUUUAUUUCGGUUCCGUUUCUCUUUUUUAAAUAUUUGACUGUACCUUUUUUAUAGGUGGCAAUCCUGUAUAACCUUAUAUACCCUCUGAUACUAUAAAUAUAUAUAUUCACUGUAAAUGAUGACGUUUGAGUGUUGAUGCACUUUGAUGAUUUAAAAAAAAAAAAGAGAAAAAGAAGAGGCCUUACAGUGUCUCUCAAAUAUAAAUAAAUAAAUAUAUAAUAAUAUAUAAUUUAUCUGAGAGGGCUAACACUGGCCAGCCUCUCCACUGGCUGCUGACUGGGAAAAAAAAAAAAAUAUAUAUAUAUAUAUAUAUCGAAGCAGCCGAGCAAUAUAACCUCUGUCGCUGACGUCCCAGACAGCGGCCUCAACGUACACAGCAAUAAUACAUCUUUACUCCUGGCAUAUUUCUGCACAUUAUGGCAUCGCUCCAAAAAACUGAAGCUCCCUUCCUCUCAUUUCUGCAGAUAGAAGAGGAAAAAAGACUUAUUGUGUUGACAUUAUUAAUCAAAACGUCUCAACCUAAAAAUUAGCCAGUCUAUUGAGAAAUUAGAUCAUUAUUUUGUUAUUUUGAGAUACCAAAAUAAUAUCGGGGAAGAAUAAAUCAGACAAAUUGCAGUUCAAAAGUUCAAUUAUAAGGCAUUAUGGAAAUAAUUCAUUUCGUAAGCAAGGUUAUUAUAUAAAAAGUCAUUAUUUUAAAGGGGACAUAGCUUGCAAAAAUCACUUUUGUGUUUUUUAUAUCUCCACUUGGGUCUCGAUUGCCCUUAUAAACAUUCCAAGCAUGAAAAAAAAAAACAAUCGAUCCAUUUUCCAUGAAUCAGCUGAAAGAGUGAGAGUGUGCUAACAGGAUUCAUCAUAUGCUUCUAUGAGCCCGUUGUUUGGGUGGCUCCCUUAUUGUGACAUCACAAUAAGGAAAACUGUAUAGAUCCACCCUGGCUCCACCCCGAACCCGAAACCCCACCAGAGCCUCUUCGGUCUGCUGGUUAAGAACCGAAUACAGGACACAGUAAGACUUUGUCUGAGGGAGGGAUCUGUACUGUACUGAUCUACUGUCCGUGGCAAAAUAGCAGAACGUACACGGGGCGUGUCCAGCAACCGCUUAUUUGCAUAAAAAUGGGCAGGGUCCUUAAACGGCUGAAUCUGAAAGGGACUAAAACUGGUGGUGAGAUCUCUUUAUGAGAGAGUGAUUUUGUGCAAAGAAUUCAAAAACAUUUUUACCAUUUCUGUGUAAAAAGAAGUAUAUUAUAUUCCCUUUAAGUAAGAUAAUAAAUAACUUUUCAAAAAAGACAACAAAGAAAUUAAUUUUAUUGAGACACAGGUCAACACAAUAUUAACUUUUUUUUUUAUUUUGAAUCAAAUUAAGAAAAUAUAUAUAUAUAUAUAUUUUUGAAAAUACUAAGUCAAAAUUUGGAUAAAGUAGGUAAUAUUUCAGAAAAUAAGGACUGAUUACUGAUGGUUUUUAAUAAAAUGCCAUUUUCUUCAAGAUUUUAAAUCAAAUUUGAUUUAAAAAAUGUAAGUAAGCAAACCUAUGAACACAUUUUUGCUUGCAAAAGAUUUUUUUUCUCCUCUAUCUGACAGUAAUGAUGAAACCGCCAGAUAAAACGACUGUACAGCACACGGUCAGAGUCAGAACAAAAAAAGCUGAUUGGAGGAAAGUUGUGUUUGCAUGUAUCGGUGCAGGUAAUGGAUUAUAAGAAUGUUCCCCUCAGUGAAGUGUGUGAAAUUUGCCUUAUCUGUGAUGUUUACUGCACGACACAGUAGAUAUACAGUAGAUGUACAGUAGAUCUAUAGUAGAUGUACAGGGGAUAAACAGUAUCUCAGUAAUAACAAUAAUAUCCAGGCUCCGCCCACAGAUGAUACUGCUGUGAUGUUGGACAGGCUGUGCAAAGUAGAGCUCGGCUCAGGUAAAUCCCUACAUUUACAGUCUGUAAUUCAGUUCAGAUUAAUAGUUCAGCAUAAAGUUCUGCAGCUGUUUUACUGCUACUAGCUAAGCUAAGGCUUAGCCUACACCCAGACCAACAUAGCACUUAAUUACGGAUCUAGUAAUUUUAAUUCUGGGAAUUCAACUCCACUCCUAAAGUGCCAGUGGAUUCUAAUAGAUAUAGGUGUAGACAGUUUGGGUACAUGGAUGGGUGUAGGUAUGGAUGAUGGGUAUAGGUAUGGAUGGUUUGUGUAUGGAUGGUGGGUUUAGGUGUAGAUCAAGGGUGUCCAAACUUUUUUUGUUGGGGGCCAGAAGGAGAAAUAUAUUUGAAGUCACGGGCCACACUCUGUAAUAAAACAAAUAAUGAAAUAUACCACUUUAAAUAAUACAUUUUCCUGAUUAUUUCAUUUACACACCAUUUUACUUGACUCACUAUCUUUAUCUAUCUUUGACAGUGUUGUAUAAACUAAGAUUUUUCAAAGUGAUGUUUCAUUUCAUGAUGUCUCUUAAUAUUAAACUCCUUAAUUACGGCAACUUUUAGAUUUUUUGGCCUAUUUUUCUGCGCUAGAAAUGCGCACCCUCUCCGCUUUUAGACUCUUUGGCCCGUUUUUCUGCGCAAAAAAUGCGCACUCUCUCCGCUUUUAGACUCUUUGGCCCGUUUUUCUGCGCUAGAAAUGUGCACUCUCUACGCUUUUAGACUCUUUGGCCCGUUUUUCUGCGCUAGAAAUGUGCACUCUCUACGCUUUUAGACUCUUUGGCCCGUUUUUCUGCGCUAGAAAUGCGCACUCGCUCCGCUUUUAGACUCUUUGGCCCGUUUUUCUGCGCAAAAAAUGUGCACUCUCUCCACUUUUAGACUCUUUGGCCCGUUUUUCUGCGCUAGAAAUGCGCACCCUCUCCGCUUUUAGACUUUAUUACUCUGUUUUUCUGAGCUAGAAAUGCGCAUUCUCUCUGCUUUUAGACUCUUUGGCCCGUUUCUGACACCUAGCGUUCAAACUUUGAAUCUCACAUUAUAAAAACCUGCUUAACAGCGGGCCAACUUUCAUUCUAUUUCUAAAAUACCUCGCUAGCCGCUCCAAAAAAGGAAACGGGCCGCAAAUGGCCCGCGGGCCGUAGUUUGGACACCCCUGGUGUAGAUGGUUUGGGUAUGGAUGAUGGAUAUACAGUUGCAAGAAAAAUAUGUGAACCCUUUCGGAUUACUUAGAUUUCUGCAUAAAUUGGUCAUUAAAUGUGUUCUGAUUUUCAUCUACGUCACAUCAAAAGACAAACACAGUCUGCUUAAACUGCUCACAGUCAGGGGGCCGGGGGGGGUUUACGCGUGGAGAGAAAAAAAAGUCACAGCACACCAUCAUCAAAACCUGUGAACAACACUGUGAAAUAUGGUGGAGGGGGCAUCAUGGUUUGGGGCUGCUUUGCUGCCUUUAGGGCCUGGCCUCAUCAACAGAAAAAUGAAUUCCCAAGUUAACCAAGACAUUUUGCAGGAAAACUGUCCACCAACUGAAGCUCAACAGAGGAUGGAUGAUGCAACAGGACAACGACCCAAAACAUAGUAGUAAAUCAACAACCAAAUGAUUUCAACAGAAGAAAAUACGCCUUCUGGAGAGUCCUGACCUCCAGAGAGCGAUUCACACCAGAUAUCCCAAGAAUAUUAUAGCUGAACUGGAGGAGUAAUGGUCCAAAAUUCCUCCUGACUAUUGUGCAGGUCUGAUCUGCAGCUACAGGAAACGUUUGGUUGAAGUUUUUGCUGCCAAAGGAGGAUUAACCAAUUAUUAAAUCCCACAUACUUUUCCCCCUUCACUGUGAAUGUUAGCAUGUUGUGUUCAAUAAAACAAUGCAAACAUAUAUAUUUUUUGUGUGGUAUUAGUUUAAGCAGACUGUGUUUGUCUAUUGUUGUGACUUAGAUGAAGAUCAGAACACAUUUAAUGACCAAUUUAUGCAGAAAUCCAAGUAAUCCCAAAUGAUUCACAUACUUUAUCUUGCAACUGUAGGUAUAGAUGGUUCGGAUAUAAAUAAAUAUGGUUAUAAAUAAGGAUAUUGGGUAUGGGUAUCUGGCCUAAAGUGAGAAAUCAGUUUAAUGUAAUAUUCCCAUAUUGUAUUAUUGUAUAGUACUUUAGUUAAAAACAGCUCAUUUUGAGGCUCAGUAGCUUUUAAAUAAAGAUGCCAGUAAUAUAAUAUAAAGUUAUAAUCUGCCAUCUCUGAACACAGCAGCAGCUACAGGAAGGGUGGACGGCUCAGUUUUAGGCCUUGUUGUUGAAUUUAAUGCACUGUGAAAAUGUGAUAAAUGUAGGUAAAGUACAGGAAUUUUAAUAACAUUCCCGCAGUCUUAUUCACUGAAGUGUGUAUGUAUGUAUGUGUGUGUGUGUGUGUCUGUAUGUGUGUGUGUGUGAGAUUUUUUACUGCUUUGUGUAACGGGUUUUAAAAAACACUGAUGCAGAAUUUGACUGGGUCAGCCAUUUCUACUCCCUGACCUGAACUGCCUUUAGUUUUAUAACUUCUAUAAAACGAACAACAUGAAUCUGUUCGGUAACAAAACGUAGCUUUUUUCGUUCUGACCGCCGCAUUCUAACUCGAGAGCAUCCACCCUAAUCUGCAGGAAUGUGCUAACUCACCUGAGAGAACUGUAAAAAGGGCAAAACACUAUAUGUGCGUGUGUGUGUGUGGGGUUUACAUGAGAUGUUGUGUGUAUAUAUAUUAUAUAUACAUAUAUAUGCUCCAUUUGCCAUUGCAUUAACCCCCCCCCCCAUCCUUUCCCCUCUGGAUCAUGUUAAUCCUAAACCCUGCGUUUCUAUGGUUUUAUCUGCUCCUUUUGAAUGGCAUCCUUUUCCACUACAGAGUCUAAUACAGCUGAAAUAAAGUACAGUGCUAAAACUGAA